UGUGUGCCUAAUGGAUCUUCUUUGGUUGGUACAUGAUAUCAAGAUUCGACUUUCUUUUUGACAAUUGAACGUGAGUCCCCGCGAGAGAGCCGGCAUUUAAUAAACGACAUCGUUAUGGAUCUGUUAGGGAGCCGGCGAUCGCCUGAUUGAAUGGUUCUUUUUCAUUUUUUUGGAGCUUCAGCAGUGACAGCCUAUAGAAAGCGGAAACCACCCAAUCUCUUCAAAAUUUCAAAAAGAAAUUUCAUUUUUCCCGCCAAAAUAAAACCCCCAAACCUCUCUGCCAAUUCUCAACCUCCAAACCUCUAAUCCUCGAAUCGCCAUCGCUUUUAAAAGGAAAACAAAUGGAGGAAGGCAUAAUAUCAGUAGAUCGAUGGGCAGAGGGCAGCCAAGCUUACUUCUUAACGCACCUGCACGCGGACCACACUCAAGGCCUGACCUCUUCCUGGGCCAAGGGUCCCAUCUUCUGCUCUAGCCUGACCGCCAAGCUCUUCCCCUUCAAAUUCCCUAACUUCAAACUCUCCCUUCUUCGCGUCCUUGAUCUCGGCUCCUGGCAGCCUCUCUCUCUUAUUUCCCCUUCCACCGGAUCGAAAAUCACAGUCCAAGUCAUGGCCAUUGACGCUCACCAUUGCCCCGGUGCAGUUAUGUUCUUGUUUCGUGGAGAGUUUGGAUGCUUGCUGAACACUGGAGAUUUCAGAUGGGAAAAAAACACUGAGAGGGCUAAAUUAGGAAGAGAGAUGCUGCUGAAUGCUCUUCAGGAUGAUGUGGUUGAUGUUCUUUACUUGGAUAACACAUAUUGUAAUCCUUCCUAUGAAUUUCCUUCCAGAGAAGUUGCUGCUCAGCAGGUUGUUGAUAUCAUUACAUCCCAUCCAGAACAUGACAUUAUCAUUGGGGUUGACACCUUGGGCAAAGAAGAUCUUUUGCUUCACAUCUCAAAUGCGCUUAACACGAAGAUUUGGGUUUGGCCUGAGCGCCUCCAAACCAUGCAUCUUCUUGGGUUUCAUGACAUUUUCACAACCAAAACAUCUGUUACAAGGGUGCGAGCUGUUCCUCGUUACAGUUUUAGCAUCGAGACUUUAGAGGGAUUGAACACAAUGCGCCCAACUAUAGGAAUCAUUCCAUCUGGUCUUCCAUGGGUGGUUAAACCUAUUGAAGGAGAUGACAAGCUUUUUGGUUCUCUUUUAGUUUCUCGUUACAACAGAAGCAAAGUGAGUUCAAAAAGUGGGAAGCAGAAUGAUAAAAUGGAUGGCAAUUUAGGAUCUGUGAAAAGGUUUCACAAGUACAUAUAUUCAGUCCAAUAUUCCGAUCACUCGUGCUAUCAGGAGAUAGAGGAGUUUAUAAAGCUUGUGCAUCCAACUAACAUGAAAGGCAUCGUGUCUUCAUCAUCUUGUUAUGUUGAUCCUCUUUAUUACUUUGGCCGCCUUUGUGGAAUAAACCAACCAUUACAAGGGAUGCACCAUCAACAUCAAAAGAAAGAGAGAGGGGACAGAGUUGUACCUGUCCAUACAAAUUCUAAGUUUAGAAGUGGUUGUUAUAGUGGGGUAGAAAAGAAAAGAAAAAAGGUGGUUGGUCGUUUAGGAGUUCAUCUGAGCUGGAUGAGUGUGCUGAGACAAGCUCAGCGAGGUGUAAAGCUUGCUGAAAAUGAGUGUUCUGAUUGACUAGAGACUAGAGUUGAAUCUUGGUAUCUAUUAAGUUGCCAGAUGCUGUAAAUGAUGUUGACUGUUACUGGUAAAUUGAGAAUGUAAUUGUAUAAUACAGGGAUUAAUUGAACUGAAGGUGUUGAAUGUAAAGCUUGGUUCUUUUUCUGCUUGGCUGUUUGAAGUUAUGGUUUCUGGUAAGUAGAACUCUAGACAAGUGACUGCACUUGGAUUGGGGAAGCUCCACAAACUAUCAGAUUCAAAAAGCUGAAGAUAAUAGUAGGCAGUAGGCUCCUAGAGAUACCAUGGAGCAUGAACAAUGGGUUUGUCAUCCUGCUAAUUAUGCAUGAUAGAAACUACAUAAAUAAGUAAGCAUUCAAUACAUUCUUAAA